AUGCCUUCUGCACAGUGGCUCGGGCGCUUUGUCGCCGUCCUCUACCUGAGCUUCCUCUUCGCUCAGGUUGCGGCCCGCAAUGUUCCGUCCAAUGUCCGCAAAUUCUAUAACGACCUCAAGAACGGUACGGGUGGUUGCUCCAAGAAGCUCGCGACUGGAUUCUGGAGCAGCGAUAGUGGUUCUAACUCUUUCUCUUACUGCGAGGACUGGCUCUCGAGCUACGGCAUAAUUUACAUCAAGGGUUCCGGAUCUGCAUUUGCCAACAUGGAUGUCGACUGCGACGGGGCUCCGGGUGGCUCGGCGGACGACGGGCGAUGCGGCAAGAGCAAUGAUACGCAGUCGAUCACAGCCUUCCAGUGGCUAGUGGAGGGCUACGGCAAGGGCAUCAGCGAUCUCAACGCUAGAGUCCACCCAUACGUCGUCUUUGGAAACACCGGGAAAAAAAAGGGGUGGAAGAAAUUCGACCCACAGCAGUACGGCAUCGAACCACUGAGCGUCAUGGCGGUGGUGUGCGGAAAGAAAUUGAUAUUCGGGGUUUGGGGCGACAUGAAUGGUGAUGACGGCGACCAUCCACUCGUUGGCGAAGCGUCCAUCUCCUUAGCCACGGCCUGUUUCGGGAAAGGAAUCAACGGAAACAGUGGGCACGACGAAGAUGAUGUGCUCUACAUUGCGUUUACCGGGGCGCGAGCAGUGCCGGGGGCUAAAGGCGCUGACUGGGCGGCAAAGGACUACGCGGAUUUCGAGAAGAGCAUCGAGGGAUUGGGAAAUUCGCUCGUCGCCAAGAUCGGUGGGACAAAGUCAGGGGGUGGAAACCCUGGCGGCGGUAAAGGUGGGGGUGGCAACGAUAGCGGCCAGAAUUGCGAGUGGCCGGGCCAUUGCGCCGGAUCAGCUUGUAAGAGCGAUGACGAUUGUUCAGGUUCCCUGGCGUGUGUAAAUCUUUUCUGUAGCCCGGACCCCUAG